UAGCGGCAGCAAGUGCGGUGCAGUCGACCUGAGAGGAGCGGACGGACGCUGCUCCGCCGUCGUGAGGAAACACCGCACAGAUGAAGGGACCGUUGCGGAUAACUAUCACACAUUCCUGCGUUUGAGCACCGAGCCACACUCUCCUCCGUCCUCUCACCGGGAUCGCGCCGCCGCUGUGGGUCUUUCAUCAGGAGGGCUUGCCUGUUUUUCCUCCGGGAGGCUGAAUGGAGGCAGCAGCCGAGGGAGCGGUCGGGCUGUCGGAGGCCAGGGACGGGAGCCCGCUAUCCGGGGCCGCAGCAUCCGAUGAUGGGGACACGGUCGUCGGAGUUAGCUACGGGAUGGACGCCGCGGACAUGGAUGCUGCUGCUAGGAAAGCCUUCAUCACAGAGAUGCCCUCAUCCUCAGGCCAGCCUGGUCAGGGAAAGAAGAUUGGCCACAGAGGGGUGGAUGCAUCAGGGGAAACUACUUACAAGAAGACCACAUCCUCAGCCUUGAAAGGUGCCAUCCAGCUGGGCAUCGGUUACACAGUGGGCAACCUGAGCUCCAAGCCUGAGAGAGAUGUGUUGAUGCAGGACUUCUAUGUGGUGGAGAGCAUCUUCUUCCCCAGUGAAGGAAGCAACCUCACUCCAGCCCACCAUUUCCCAGAUUUCCGCUUUAAAACAUACGCCCCUGUGGCCUUCCGCUACUUCAGAGAACUGUUUGGCAUCAGGCCGGAUGACUACCUGUACUCCCUAUGUAACGAGCCUCUGAUCGAGCUGUCCAAUCCCGGAGCAAGUGGCUCGGUCUUCUAUCUCACAAAGGAUGAUGAGUUCAUCAUCAAGACUGUGAUGCACAAGGAGGCUGAAUUCUUACAGAAACUGCUGCCUGGAUACUACAUGAACUUGAACCAGAACCCUCGCACUUUGCUGCCCAAGUUCUUCGGCCUCUACUGUGUCCAGUCGGGCGGGAAGAACAUCCGCGUGGUGGUGAUGAACAACGUCCUUCCCCGCGUGGUUCGUAUGCACCUCAAAUAUGACCUGAAGGGCUCCACCUACAAGAGGCGAGCGUCCAAGAAGGAACGAGAGAAGGCCAGGCCCACUUUUAAAGACCUGGACUUUAUGCAAGACCUGCAGGACGGACUGAUGCUGGACCAGGACACUUACAACGCGCUGGUCAAGACCCUGCAGAGAGACUGCCUGGUGCUGGAGAGCUUCAAGAUCAUGGACUACAGUUUGCUUCUCGGGGUUCACAACAUGGACCAGGCGGAGAGGGAGAGGCAGAUGGAGGGCUCCCAGGGCAGCAGCGAUGAGAAGAGGCCCGUGGCCCAGCAGAAGGCCCUGUACUCCACCGCCAUGGAGUCCAUCCAGGGAGGAGCCGCCUGUGGAGGGUCUAUCGACACCGACGACACCAUGGGCGGUAUCCCAGCUGUGAACGGAAAAGGGGAGAGACUUCUUCUCUAUAUCGGAAUCAUCGACAUCCUGCAAUCCUACAGGCUAAUCAAGAAACUGGAGCACACGUGGAAGGCUCUGGUUCAUGACGGGGACACUGUAUCAGUCCACCGGCCAGGCUUCUAUGCUGACAGGUUCUUCAAGUUCAUGAGCAACACGGUGUUCAAGAAGAGCUCCUCUCUGAAGUCAUCUCCAUCCAAGAAGGGCCGUGUGUCGUUGUCGGUGCCUAAGUGUGCCGGUCCUGGUGCAGCCUGGUCCGCCAGCCAGCUGCCCUCUGAGAGAGACGAGAACAUCUACGACCUGAGAGGAGCUCGCAGCUUCCCAACGCUGGAGGACGAGGGGCGACCAGAUCUUCUUCCGUGUACUCCUCCAUCAUUUGAAGAAGCCACCACAGCGUCGAUCGCCACCACGCUCUCUUCCACCACCUCUCUGUCCAUCCCCGAGAGAUCCCCCUCUGACACGACUGAGCACCCCCGCUACAGGAGGCACACCCAGUCUCUCAGCCAUGACGGGAGGACCCAGGAGGAGCUGCGUGUGCGUGAGGAGGAUCAGCAGACCAUCACAGUGGAGGUGGAGCUGAAGAGACACGACAGCGAGCCAACCAUCUCCAUUCCACAGCCUUCACCUGAAGCCAGUGAGGUUCAGGAAGGAGCUGGCGCCGAGGCUGCAGAUGCAGAUGUAGCUGCAGCAGCAGCACCCUCCAGCUCUUCAUCAGCACCUGAAGCAGCCUCCUCUUCCUUGUCUGCCCCAGCUGCUCCCUCUUCUCCCGGGGCAGCUGAUGAGGCCCCGUCCAGUCCCAAGGUGAUGGUGGUGGAGGCAGACAGGGUCAGCCAGGUGUCCGGCUCAGGGUGCACCAGCCAGGCUUCAGUCGAUGAUGAAGAUGACGUGCCAAUCACAGAUAUCUACUUUCCUCAAGAGGACAGGACCUGGGUGUACUCUCCGCUACACUAUGGCUCAGAGUCUAAGGCCCUGCCAGAUGGGGAUUGGGAAAGAGAGACAUAAGCCCUGUUCUCUGGCAGAGAGGAGCGAACGUCUCGGUGGAGAGGACUCGUCGGUCUGAAGUCCAGACCUCAGCGGUAGCAGCAGGAUCUCUGUCUGAACCAGGAUUUUAAAACAUGCAUACAGAAACUGAACACACUGAGGGGGAAAAAGUGACUUGUGUACCAGAGAGGGGGAAAAAAUCCUGACAGUGAUGAACGUCACUGGUUUCCAACCAUCCCUGCCUUUCACCCUUGACAAAAUGAAAAUUAUAUCAAGUUAAUAAUAAUGUGUAUGUGUGACAUACAGUAGUGCGUAUACGGCUGUAGUCUUAUAUGUUUGAGAUCAUACGGUAGUAACUCUCUGUGCCUGUAAAGAAGUAUUCACUCGACUUGGAAGUAUUUGUGACCGCAUUAAAAUGGAAACAGACUUUUUUUUUAAUCUUUUCCUUCCUUGGUAUUUCCAAGUAUCUUGUUACCACUGCUGUCACAAAGACAACUGGAUCGCUGUCCAUUUUCCUCAGAGCAGCUACCACAGAUAUUUCUGAUGUCCCACUGUCCACUAUUUCUGUUUCUGGGGAUAGUAACUGCAGAGAACAUACACUGAUCCUCUGUACCUGAGGAUAGCUGCUGAGAGCCACCGGGGUAAACAAGAGCGUUAAUCUCUUCCUGUUUUGGUUGCGCAAUGGUCGACGCACUUCCUUUGUACAAAUCAAGCCAUCAUUUUCCCAGGAGGUCGUACCCGGUGGCAGACAGAAUACCAUAGUUAAAUCGAAGCUUACAGGGAACUGAUCUGAACACAGAUGGUGUCAUUAUUCUCUACAUUACAGUGUGCAAUCAGCAUUUACUUCAUAAUUAUAGAUUAAAGCAAACUUGUCUGUUUCCACUUUAAAUCCUCUUAAAAACAUGUUACCUUCCAAGUGGGGUUGAUACUUUUUUAAAGGCAUCGUCCAGUCUGUUCUAGUUCACACAGGUACGGCCCUCUGACAGGCUCAGCACACUGAAAUAUGUGUGUACUGUACUUAUCAGGAUAAGACCACCCACUGUCCUUGAUACUGACUACCCUCACCUGACAUCACGCUUUGUUUUAACAACUGAAAAAAAAUAUGGUGCAUUUGGGUCAAGAUAGGCAAUACCUCUCAUGAUGUGACGCUGCUCCUUCUGCUCGGGUCUCCUUGCUGCCGGUGACGUCCUCCUGAGAGCAGGACUUUCAGCCACAUGUUGAUUUCAGUGUGCUGAGGGAGGAGUGAGCGAUGGAGUCUGUGGUGUUAGAGGUUUAGACUGUAUAAAAGAAGUGGACAUAGCCAAUGUGGCGUCACCUAUUCGUUCAUGGGCCUGUUUUGAAGCCUUGAGUUCGGCAUUUUGGCCAUCAGUGUCUUGGUUAUUUGAAGCCAGAGGUGACCAUAUUUGGACCAAGCCUAAGAACAGCGCCAGGCUUUGACCUAGUGGCCAAACAUGGAAUUACGACUUCUGGAUCUGUCACGUGACGCCUUCGGGCCCAGAAAGACUUUUAUCUGUAGAGAUUCUCAAAGAGACGUCUGUAACUCAGUGUAAAAUUUUCUUGGAGCGUAACCACCCCCUGACUCAUUUCACUAUCAGGAUUAGUCUAGAAAAGCCGCACAUUUAAAUGACUUUAUCCCCAAUCAAGUUAGCGGAGGGUUAAACUGGCAGUUAGCGGCUCGGCUGAGGGAAGUUAGCUGCUCAGACAGACGCAGCCACUUUGAAUCUCUUGUGCAUUAAGAGCCCCACAAUGCAAAAGAUCCAUUGAAAUUAUUACAAUGGAAAUGAAUCUUUUUUGGCUGCUUUCCUAGAAAUGGAUGGGGACCAGCCUCCAACACUGUAUCCAGCUCUCUUAAUACAUCCAUGAUUUGGAUGAGAGGUUGGAGCUGUGGAGGAUAUGCGUUGCUAAACCUCUAUCAUUAUUGACAGGUCACCGCGGUAGCGACUUGCCAAUCAGUUUUAAUCUAAAUGGGACCAAAU